UGCACCUGGCCGGGCCAAGCGCAGAGAACAUGGGCAGCGACCGGAACGCGCCCGGGCGGACAACCUGGGCUGACAGCCUCCUCGGUGGCCAGGAGGCGGCGGCACGGCCGCGACUGCUACCGCUACUGGUGGUGCUUCUGGGCUGCCUGGGCCGAGGCGCAGCGGCGCAAGAUGCUGAAGUCAACGCCGAGAACUGGCUGCGUCUCUAUGGCUACCUGCCUCAGCCCAGCCGGCACAUGUCCACCAUGCGCUCCGCCCAGAUCCUGGCUUCAGCCCUGGCUGAGAUGCAGCGCUUCUACGGAAUACCCGUCACGGGCCUGCUUGAUGAAGAAACCAAGGCGUGGAUGAAACGGCCCCGCUGUGGGGUGCCAGACCAGUUUGGGGUGCGUGUAAAGGCCAACCUGCGACGGCGGAGGAAGCGUUAUGCCCUCACCGGGAGGAAGUGGAACACCUAUCACCUAACCUUCAGCAUCCAGAACUACACAGAAAAGUUGGGCUGGUACCACUCACUGGAGGCAGUGCGCAAGGCCUUCCGUGUGUGGGAGCAGGCCACGCCCCUGGUCUUCCAAGAGGUGCCCUAUGAGGACAUCCGGAUGCGGCGGCAGAAGGAGGCUGACAUCAUGGUACUGUUUGCCUCUGGCUUCCACGGUGACAGCUCACCCUUUGACGGCACAGGUGGCUUUCUGGCCCAUGCCUAUUUCCCUGGGCCCGGCCUGGGCGGAGACACCCAUUUUGAUGCAGAGGAACCAUGGACCUUCUCCAGUACUGAUCUAUAUGGGAACAGCCUCUUCCUGGUGGCAGUGCACGAGCUGGGCCAUGCACUGGGACUGGAGCACUCAAACAAUCCCAGCGCCAUCAUGGCGCCUUUCUACCAAUGGAUGGACACAGACAACUUCCAGCUACCCGAGGACGACCUCCGGGGCAUUCAGCAGCUCUAUGGCACUCCUGAUGGUCAGCCACAGCCCACCCGACCCCUCCCCACUGUGACACCUCGGAGGCCAGGCCGACCAGACCACCAACCCCCUCGACCUCCCCAGCCACCUCCCCCAGGCGGGAAGCCAGAGAGGCCUCCAAAGCCGGCUCCCCCAGCCCAGCCCCGCGCCACAGAGCGGCCUGAGCAGUAUGGUCCUAACAUCUGCGAUGGGGACUUCGACACAGUGGCCGUGCUGCGUGGGGAGAUGUUCGUGUUCAAGGGCCGCUGGUUCUGGCGGGUCCGGCACAACCGAGUCCUGGACAACUAUCCUAUGCCCAUAGGGCAUUUCUGGCGUGGCUUGCCCAGUGAUAUCAGUGCUGCCUAUGAGCGCCAGGACGGACGCUUUGUCUUCUUCAAGGGUGACCGAUACUGGCUCUUCCGAGAAGCCAACCUGGAACCUGGCUACCCGCAGCCGCUAACCAGCUAUGGCCUGGGCAUCCCCUAUGACCGGAUUGACACGGCCAUCUGGUGGGAACCCACAGGCCAUACUUUCUUUUUCCAGGAGGACAGGUACUGGCGAUUCAAUGAGGAAACCCAGCAUGGAGACCCCGGAUACCCCAAGCCCAUCAGUGUCUGGAAGGGGAUCCCCAUUUCCCCCAAAGGGGCCUUCCUGAGCAACGACGCAGCCUACACCUACUUCUAUAAGGGCACCAAAUACUGGAAGUUUGACAAUGAGCGCCUGCGAAUGGAGCCCGGUUACCCCAAGUCCAUCCUGCGGGAUUUCAUGGGCUGUCAGGAGCACGUGGAACCCGGCCCCCGAUGGCCCGACGUGGCGCGCCCGCCCUUCAACCCCGACGGGGGCUCGGAGCCUGGGGCAGGGGGUGACAACGAGGACAACGAGGAGGCGGGGCCUGUCGGCGGGGAGGGGGACUUCGAAGCUGGGGCAGACAAGGACGGGGACAGCCGCGUGGUAGUGCAGAUGGAUGAGGUGGCGCGGACUGUAAACUUGGUGAUGGUCCUGGUGCCGCUGCUGCUACUGCUCUGUAUUCUGGGCCUCACCUACGCACUGGUGCAGAUGCAACGCAAGGGCGCACCGCGCAUGCUCCUCUAUUGCAAGCGCUCCCUACAGGAGUGGGUCUGA